AGGUGGGGAGGAGAUGAUCGAUUGGUUUGAGGUAGUGUUCUUGGGUCUGAUGGUGUUGUGCGCGGGGAUUGGUGUGGUGUUCUGCGUGCACUUGCGGCUGCUGUUGGGCGAUGGUGUGUGGGAGGAGGUGAGAGGUUUGACGGAGGAGGAGGUGAAGGAGCUGGAGGAGGGGAAGGUUGGGGCGGCGGACGGGGCGGAGUGCGCGGUGUGCCUGGAGGAGAUGGUGGAAGGGGAGGUGGCGCGGGUGCUGCCGGGGUGCCGCCACGCCUUCCACGGCCCCUGCGUCGACAACUGGCUCCGACUCCGCUCCGCCUGCCCCCUCUGCAGAGCUCGCCUCCUCCCUCUUCUCUCUCAACCCAAAUCCCAACUUCAACUCCCUUCUUCUUCUUCUUCUUGUUUCCAAUGUUAA